AUUGAGCGCCAGCUACGGAAUUUCUUAAGAUUAAGCGCGUGAUUCAUGAAGAAACGGCGUGGGUUCAAAAAGAAGGAAUUCGCAGAUGAGUUAUUUGUCGAACAUGAAGGUGAAUGUAAUUUGACUGAUGCCAACAUACUACGAGUGGAGCACGUUAGUUCAAAGAUUAAGCGGCGCAAUCGCAAGAAGACGCUAAAGAAAUUUGAAAAAAAUCAGUUCCUCAAUAGCUGUGACGAAUAUUUAGCUUCAAAAUCCCAUGUUCUCCCUAAGGUCCUUCCAGAAACGUUGCACCAACCAUGUAGCAACCCUGAAAUUUUAAAUUUCCUAAGUGUCUUUGUAAACAAGUAAGAGAUUUUACUGUGCUCAUGGUACGCUGACAUUAGGACGAGACGAACCUUUGUUUCGAACUAAGUGGAUGAACAUUCCGUUGUUCGUAAUGUGCCAUGAGAUAGAGCUUAUAUAGUAGAUUAAUUGGUGUCUAAGUUCUAUCACUUUUUUGUAGUAUACUUUGAGAAUAGUUAUUUGUUCUUGUCCUCCCUUUCUCCUGUUCUAAACUGAUAUGGAGUCAUAGAGGUGAGUUAGGUGAGACAAUGAUUUAUGGACGACCUUUGAGCGACGUCAGGUUGACGUGUCUACCUAAUAACCAGAGUCAAAUGAGGGUGAGGAAUUAAAAUUAUGAUACACAGUUGAUGAUUAAGUUUAGAAAUUAGAUUUAAGGUUUUCAUCACGAACUGACAUCAUCUAUAACGCCAAAACUCCGAAUGAAUGAGUGAAAUUCGCGCCAAAAUCCAGGAUGCUAUCUUUCACGUGAUUGGUUUGUCCGUAGAUUAUAGUUUCGCUGAGUUAUUUGGACAAGGUCUUUUGCAUUUAUUUAACUCAGCUGAAUGGCACUAAGAUCUAAUGGCUAAUGUAGGUGAUGUGUUUUCUUAAUAGGCAACCUGUGCUAUCUUUUUGGUGCAUUUAGAUAUGCUCAUGUACGAGGGCUCUACAAUGCUAUGUGUGUGCUGGUUCUUGUGGUGUGAUCGUGUAGGGGCUCGGAUAUGUUUAAAUUUAUUCGUUGACAAGACGAGGAGUGUCCAUCAAUAAUGUUCACUUCCUGUCUUUAAGACACCCCUCAUGUUCAGUGCCUGCAAUAGAGUUGAUCUGCAAACCAUGACGUAAAUUAUUGUCAAUUUGUCGUGUAGCAAUGUGUAAAUUCAUAUAAAAUACUUCCAGAUAUCUGGACUGUUUUGUGGAUUGACUUGGUUAACAACUUUCAUUGUGCUUAAUUACUGUUUUAUACCAACUUAGACCUCAAUCUAGAUUCCUUUGUCAUAACAUGUUAUUCCUAAUCAAUAGUUGUAUGGUAAUACAAAAUAUGUAAUUAGCAGUGCCUGUCUUAUUUCUAUUCACAUUAACUCGCAACUACAAUUAAACCUAAAUUGUCUAAACAAAUAGGGUUCAGUUAAAACUUAUCAGUAAAGUCACCCUUUAAUACAUACGUUGUCGGGUUCUAUACUUUUCAGCUACAUCGAUGUAUUUGACGUCAAACAGCUACGAAGAAAACUAUCGGAGUUCUAUGACCCUUCUGCAUACCUAACAUUCCAGAUAGCUCCUUAUGUCUGUCAGUCGUCAUUGGAUAAAUGUUCUGAUAAAAGUUACAGACCAAAGUAUCGACCCCUUUGGGCCACUUAUGAACGUUUCGCUGUUAACAGUUUGCCCGGCGGGUUCCCUCUUCCAUCAUGGGCCUGGUUCGCUAUUAAGGAGGAGUCCAUGCCUCGAAGAUUAAGAGGCCCUAGUUUACCUAAACAGGAUAGGAAACUUCUCAAAUCAUUGAAAGGAUAUCAAAUGGGACACAUACAAAGAUUGGUAUCAGUUACACGCUCAGCUUCUAGCGCUCCUGAUCGCUUGAUAGCGAACAUUCCACCCCCACCAAUAGCGCGAAUGGAGUGUCGUGGAGGUGAUCAGGUUCUGGGCUUGCUUUGUCGUUUACCCAACCUUGUACAUGUGAGAAGUGACAGGUACUCACAUUUGGAUGUAAUUUGGGUGGAAUUACCUUUGGUUUGUGUGCGAUACUCAUGUAUUGCAGCUGAACCGGUGCCACAGGAUACACGCCCCAGCGACUUGGAAGGCAUUUCAGAUCAACUGCUAAACAUUGCUCCUCAUGGUAGCUAUGCCAUCCGUUCGGUUUGUCGAAUGCUAAUAUUGCAUCAAAGUGGUAAAAUUCUUCAGGAAGAUUGGUGCGUUACUCCAUUGCCAAGUUCACAUUUACAGGAGUGUUCACUAGUUAUCACAGAGGCUGUGUCAAAUUUUAUGACUCCAAAAACAUCUACGCUAGUAUCAACUUUCGAAGCAGGUGGUAUACCGGACGACGCUGUUCGUUCAAAAUUGGUUGAUGAGCUUUCCACUGCAACUGGAAUGAAUAAAGCUUAUUCUUUACAGUGUUUAACUGAGUGCCAAUUUGAUAUAGAUUCUGCAUUACACUCAUUUCAAAAAGUACAUGAAGCCGGACUUUUACCCGCCGAAGCAUUUUCACUGAUUUGACUAUUCACAUUGUUUUAGCGUUGUAUUUUUGGAAUUUUUCCCACAGAUUUUGUAAAUAUAUUUUUACUUUACUUUCAACACGUCGGGAUUCAGUUUAUUGCGUAAAUGAGUUUAGAUCCUGUCCAACUGGGCUUGGUAUUCGGACCAAACUUUCUGUACCCCUACGUUGUAGCUGGAGUGUCAGAAAUAGCAAAUAGAGUAUUAAGUGUUUGUGAUCGUAUAUAAUAGUGGUUCACUAAUAAGCAACUAAACUACCAAUGGGCCGCACCGUUUGCAUCAAACAAUUACAAGCCAUCUCAGCUUGUGUCCAGUAUUUAUGUUAUUUUCGAACAUCUUAUUUGUAACAUUGUGAGGAUGGGUAUCCUUAAGAGUCUAUAAACAAGCGCAUUGAUCAGACCAAGCUGGACCCAAAAAGCAACAAGUUUCAAAGGUAUUAUUGUUCAUGCAAAGCUUAGACAAUAAGAUGGUAUUAGGAUCUUAACAAGAAGCGUUUUUAACAGCCCAUGAAGACCUAUUUCCAAAUUUCGCUAUCCUGACUGCUUGAGAUAAACGUAGCAUAUCUAAGUCAGCUUCAUCCAUAUGACAUUACUUAGCAACGUUACGUUGUACACAAUUACCCAUGGUCCUCCCCGAAUUUACGAACACCAUUCUCCAUGGUUACUGAAAAGACCUCGGUGGUUUCUCAUUCGGUGAGUUCUUCAAGUUAAAUAAAAUCAUCCGAAUAAUAUAUACUGUCCUAUUCAAUUUCCUGGGUAAUUUACGUAUUCAUCCGUUGCAUGUUGUUAAGACUCAGCAUUUAUCUAAACUAAUGGGAUCGUUUUUAAAAAGUUUGAGCAAUUUGUUUCAUAUCUUCGUGUAGCAGUUUAGCCCGUACUUUCACAUCUCAUUGAAUAAACUAGUGAUUCACAGAUGAACUGCUAAUCUUUCUCCACGUCUUUUUGCUGUGACAGUAGUUGUUUGUAUUCGUCUCUUUAUUUUCACAGAACAGUUGAUUCUCUAACUUUCAUACCUUUAGUUUUACAAUUUGUCAGUGUUGUCAUGAUCUGUCCUGAAUUGUCAAAUAAUACACAUGAACAAUAUGAGUAUUCUUUUUCGCAC